AUGGAUGACAUCCUUGCGGGACUGAAUGAAGCACAAAGAUGUGCUGUCUCCAGCCCCGCUUCAGUACUUCAGGUCCUGGCACCGCCAGGAUCCGGAAAGACCAAAACACUGACGGCACGCGUCGCGUACCUGAUGAAUCAUGUCGGGAUUAAACCGUGGAACAUCAUCGUCUGUACAUUCACUAUUAAGGCUGCAAGGGAAAUGAAAGAGCGCAUCCGAGGGUUUGUUGGAGACGGUACUGAAGCCAAACUCAUUCUUGGCACUUUUCACUCUGUGGCGAGACGCUUUCUCGUCUACUACGGCCAUCAUAUCGGCAUUGAGAAGAAUUUUGGAAUUGCGGAUUCCUCUGACACCUUGGCUAUCCUAAAGCGCAUCAUCAAACGCCACGAUUAUGGUAUCGAACCAUCCGUUGCACGCUCAAGAAUAUCGGGCCUCAAAGCCAAGAGUAUCAGUUGCGAACAACAUAGAACUACCACAAAAGCGAUGGAGCAGCAGGAGUUUGCUACCGUCUACUCAGACUACGAAGAAACUCUGAAGAGCUCGAAUCUUCUGGACUACGAUGAUCUUCUGCUACGCUGCGUUGACCUUCUGCGGAGUCGUCCAGAAUGCGUUUCCAAUAUUGAAGCUGUGCUCAUCGACGAGUUUCAAGACACGAAUCACGUUCAGUAUGACCUUAUGCGACUGAUGGCGCAGAAAAGAAGCAACAUUACCAUCGUCGGCGAUCCGGAUCAGAGCAUCUAUGGGUUUAGAUCUGCCGAGAUCAAAAACCUCCGGACAAUGCAGAAACAUUACCCGGAGACUGUUGUUGUCAUUCUCGAGGAGAACUAUAGAUCAUCGGCCGCCAUUUUGCAAUCGGCGCUCGAAGUCAUAGAACAGGACGAGAAUCGUCCCGCAAAAAAGCUUCUGCCGACGCAUUGCGCUGGAGAGAUACCCGUCUUGCGGAAGCUGCCUUCUGCCACAAUUGAGGCAACGUGGAUCGUUGAAGAAAUUCAGCGUGCAAAUGCGUUGACUGGAAAGCUUCUGACCUACUCUGACUUUGCAAUCCUGCUCCGUUCAGCGGCAUUGUCUAGACAGAUUGAGACAGCCCUCGCUAAAUCCGGUAUACCGUAUCGCAUGGUCGGUGGCCUGAGAUUCUUCGAUAGAGUAGAGGUUAAGUUAUUGUUGGAUUAUCUCCGUGUCAUCAACCGUCCAGACCAUAAUGAUGCAGUGGCCAGGAUCAUCAACACUCCAAGUCGAAAAGUUGGAGAAGUUACAGUGCGAUCACUGCUAGAGGAAGCAGAGGAGAGGAAAACCACUCUAUGGAGCCUUGUCCUUGGUGCGGCUCAAGGAAGCAGAAGGCUCCGGACGAAACUGUCAUCCUCAGCCGAAAAGGGCAUCCAGUCUUUUGUGAAUGUCAUUCUCACAUCGCAAAAGAAACUAUCGUCAAAAGAAGGACAACAGUAUUCACUUCUUGAUCUUAUCGACCAUGUCAUGAAGAAGAUAUCCUUCGAAGAAUACUUGAAAAAGACCCACCCAGAAGAUUUUGAAGGUAGAUGGGCGAACGUACAAGAGCUGAUUGCACAGGCCACGGAUGCUGCCUUGCUUGAAGCAGACGCCCUUGACAUGGUAGAAGAAGCUUUGCCGCAGAUCGAAGAUAUUGAUCAGCGAGAGCUUUCAUCGACAGAAGAUACACUAGCUGCUUUCCUCGCCAAUGUCUCUUUGUCGACAGAGGUCCAACAAGAAGAAGGAACAGAGACAGACCAAGUUACAAUUUCGACCAUUCACGCAGCUAAAGGCUUAGAAUGGCCUGUAGUCUUCAUCCCCGCGGCCUACAACGGCUCAAUACCACACUCGAGAGCCGAGGACCAAGAUGAAGAACGGAGAUUGCUGUACGUCGGCAUGACAAGAGCACAAUCGCUUCUUUAUUUGAGCUGUCCUAUCAAGAACACGAAGAGGGAGGAGACCGUUCUGUCAUCCUUCCUUUCUCACAAGCGGAUGAAAAGGUUCUUCGGGGCACAGGGUCCUAUUUUCGGAUACAACGCAACACAGGACCUCGCGCGCAUCCUCAGGCGAGCAUGCCCAACCCCAGAAGUGUGUAACGAGACACGCUCCCUUAUCGAGCGGCCAGAAGACAAUCACUACCCACUCGACGGCGAGGAUCCCGAGCAGGAAACGAGUACAUCAUACUCUGCCGAAUUCCCGUCCAACGGCUACACCAAGCGGCGCCGCCUGAACGACGCAGUCCCAGCCGACCUCUCCGGCACCGGCAUAGCGGUGACCAUGCAGCAACCCGAAAAAUUCACCAUGUCCAACUUCUCCAACCCCGGCUUCGUCAGCGCCGGCGCGCGCAUGCGUGAGAUCCAAGAGACGGCCGAACAUAACGCCGCGCUGCGCGCCGAGCAGAACGAGCGCCACCGCAGCAGCAUCGCGCAGCUGAAGCGGGAGUCUUCGAAGAAGGAGAGCGCGAGCGGCGAGCCAAAGAGGCCGCCGGGCCAGAACAGCAUCACGAGCUUCUUUGGCAGGCCGGCUCCAGACACAGAGCAAGACUCAGCACCCCUCCCCAGCUUCCAGCGCCCCGCAACCCUCUCCUCCCUCCGCACAAUAAUCCCAACCCCAACCUCAACGCUAUCCACGAACACCACCAACCACCGCCUCCUCACCAAACCCCUGCACACCCGCCCCUCGCGCCCCGCCUACGCCUACGCCUACCCGGCCACGGGCGCGCACUCCGCCACCGCCGCGGUCACGAAGCCCUACUCGUUCAUGUCGAGCUCGCCGCCGCCGCCGCUGCCGAGCGAGGCCGAGGCUGAGGACAACAACAACAACAACAACAACAACGACGACGACGACGGUGGCAAUGAUAACGGAGCGCGUGAGCUGGCGUCCUCGCCGCCGCCGUUGCCGCCGCCGCCAGGGUCGGAGCCUGAGACGGAGAUGGGGGCGGAGCCAGAGCAGCCAGCUCACUCGUUGCACAACAUGACCAUGGCGCGCGUGACUAUGCAGCAGCAGCAGCAGGGGCAAGGUCCCCAGCAGCGACGAACGCUGGGCAUGCGGCGGAGCGUGAGGGGGUGGGGUGGUGGUGGUAGUGGUGGUGGUAUUCGAGGGGUUGGUGGGAGUGGUAGCAGUGGUGGGUUCAUGAAUAAGCCGUUUGUGGCACCGGGGAGGCGGCGGUGA